CAACGGCGACCCACACAAACACCACAACAACAACAGCACACCACUCUGCUCUUGCCUGUUAGUUUGCUGUUCCAACACAACGACGAAGAUGGCUGACGGGGAGACUGGUUAUGUUGGCUGGGUUGACGGCGAAGGGUCCCGGAUCAUUGUGCCGGCUGCUUCAAUGAAGUGCAUUAUCAAGCGCGAGGAUGGCACGUUCUUCGUGUCAUGCCGGGACAACAUCAAGGACCAGGAUGUCAAGGAGCUGAACGUCUUCAAGAGCCUGGAGGAUGCAUACGUUUGGAUGACACACUGAUCCGUCCUAGUUUCUAUUGUGGAUCAUAUGCUCCUCACAACUCAAGCGAAGGUGCACAAGUGAGCGAGCGUUCGAACGCUUGCGCCUCCAUAUACAUUGAAACCCCUCCCGCUCUUCCCCUCUUCUUGACCCAUGAUCGUGUCCCUUUGGCUCACACAUGCAACACCUUGGUUGUCCUUCCUAUUCCCUCCUUUGCUUGUGGCCUCACUCAGGUGUAAUCAGAACCGGGUUUUCGCACCCAAGCCUUCCUCUCUUCCUUUGUUUUCUUUCUUCAAUCACAUCGAUUGGCUCGCUCGUUUGUUUCCCUUGUUGCAUCGGCACAUCUUGCUUGCUUGACCGAUGCGGUCGUGGUUGUGCGUGUGCACGUGCGUGUGUGUGUGUGUGGUUUUGCACAUACUCCAAGUACAAACACCCGACUCGACACAUCAGCCCGGCUGACUCAGUUAGCAGUCGUGUGUGUGUGUGUUUGUGUCUGCUGUGCUUUGUAUUCCAUGCACGACGUAGCUGGGAGGCGCAUAGAAGGCGAGCAGCGACGUGUUGUAUAGCAGCCGAGAGACGAAGAGUACACUGGUAAAGCUCAAGCAA